AUGAUUCCCCCAGUAGCUAUGCGACGCCUUGGAGCUAGAGCUCUCCAGCGGUAUGGGGUCAGCCCCCUGUCGCAAUGGCGAUGGGCAUCCACAGGGUCAAGUUCAGAGGCAGCCGAUGCCUUCGAGAAGAAGUUCUCCAGAACUAUUACCAAAGUAGAACAUGAGAGUCCUCCCGGUAACCUCUCCAAGCGAAGUGAUCACUUCGUGGAGGGGAUUAUGCCGUUCAUGGUGCCUACAUACGUCAGGCCAGCUCCAGUGAUGGUCAGAGGAAGCGGAUGUUAUCUCUGGGAUAUGGAGAAUAAGCAGUAUCUCGACUUCACCGCCGGUAUUGCUGUGACGUCUCUUGGCCAUUCUGAUACAGGACUAUCAGAAGUGAUAUCAAGACAGUCUGAAAUACUGAUACAUGCAUCCAAUCUCUUCCAUAACAAGCAUACCGGCAAGCUCAGCCAGGCUCUUAUCAGCACCACCCUCACCUCAGGAGCGAUGCGUACUGCCACACAAGCAUUUAUUUGCAACUCAGGAACCGAAGCCAACGAAGCAGCUCUCAAGUUUGCUCGGAAAGUAGGCCACAGCCUCGAUACAUCUGGCACAAAGCAUGAAAUUGUCUCCUUCCAAGGAUCGUUCCAUGGCCGAACAUUUGGUGCUCUAUCUGCUACUCCAAAUCCCAAAUACCAAGCUCCUUUUGCACCUAUGGUCCCUGGAUUCAAAUAUGGGAAGUAUAACGACAUCGAUCAACUCCCAACCCUAAUUACGGAGAAGACAUGCGGUGUCAUUGUAGAGCCCAUCCAGGGUGAGGGCGGAGUGAACGUGGCCUCCGCGGAGUUCCUCACAGCACUCCGUGCGCGAUGUGACCAAGUCGGAGCUGUGUUGAUCUUUGAUGAGAUCCAAUGCGGCCUUUCCCGCACAGGCAGCCUAUGGGCACACGCACACCCAUCACUUAGGCCAAAAGAUGGCUCCAAGCCCGCCCAUCCAGAUAUCCUAACCACAGCCAAGGCCCUAGGAAACGGUUUCCCAAUUGGUGCCACGAUCAUUUCCUCUGAUACAGUAGGGAAGUAUAUCAAGGUUGGAGAUCACGGAACUACCUUUGGCGGAAGUCCGCUUGCCAGUGCCGUGGGUAACCAUGUAUUGACCCGUCUUGCGAACAAGGAUCUACAAGAUUCAGUUAACUCUCGAUCCCAGACUUUUAUCAGGGGCCUGAAACGUCUGCAGGAGAAGUAUCCUGAUGCAGUAUCUGAGAUUCGAGGCCGAGGCUUGAUUCUUGGCUUGCAGCUUACAGCACCUUAUGUUAGCAAGGUAGCUGAUAUUCUCGGAUCCGCGAGGGAUAAAGGAUUGUUGAUAAUCUCUGCUGGAGAAGGAUGUAUUCGCUUUGUUCCACCAUUGGUCAUUACCGAUGCGGAGAUUGAGGUUGGCCUGGGUAUCCUGGAAGAAGCGAUGAGCGAAGUUAUCAACUAG